CGCAAGUCGUCCAUCCACCACCACACCACAUCCAUCUCGAUCCAUGGCGUUCGAGGAGCUGCUGCAGCUGCUGUCCAAGAGCGAGGCGGUGGACGCGAAGCAGGACGAGGUGAUGCGCCUGUUCAUGCUGGCCACCGCCGAGACCGUCGCGUCCGGGGACCUCACGCCGGGGGACCCGGAGUGGAAAGCCAUCGCGGCGCGCGGGGAGGCGCUCGGCCUCCAGCUGCUCGCCAAGGCGGCCGGAUCCGUGGAGAGGUUCACGCGGAUGGCGGCCGAGUACGCCGCGAUUCCCGGCGGGGAGGCGGUCGCCGAGGCGCAUCGGAGGUUGGCCGCCAGCGCGGUGGCGCUCGCCGCGCGCGCCGAGGAGUACGUCGCCUUCAUGCGCGACGUCGCCGUGCUCGCCGACUCCGACUCGGAAUCGGACUCCGAUGGGCGGCCGGCAGCGAGGAGGUCCAGGAGGCCCAACGCCAGGUACUUUGGGCCGGAGUGGACCAACUGAUGGAUCCAGCCCAGCAGCAUGUGUUACCAUGUACUUAUGUGAUGGGCCGUAUGGAGCUAGUGAACCUGAAUCUGUAGCCUGCUACUGUUUCACACAGUUUCUUGCAACUUUUUUUCUCUCGGUUGUUCAACCAUGUAGGAGGAGGUUUUUCCUUCUACGUACCUGUUCAUUGUUCAAAGAAGAAAUUGAAAUUGUUGGUGGACAAGAUAUUCUUUGUAUUCUUGAUGCAAAAGCAACUUUGCACGUUUUUGUUGUUGUAUAUAAUAUACAAUGAUUGAUGA